GCAAUUUGGUCCCCAAGCGGUACUUUGUGUUAGAGCCUGGUUUUAAACCGGACGUGUUUGAAUCCGCAACAAAUAUGGCGACCUCCAACAAGCGAUCAUGCCUCCAGUAUCUACUACAUCUGGCCCAAGAUAAUUUGGACUUCAGGUUGCCGGAGAUUAAGGCUUUGCUAGCUCUCAGAGGAAAACCAUUCCAUCCUAGUAUAAACUUCAAAGAAAAGUCUCCUUUCUGGUGUGUGGAUGGUUUGUCUGAGGAGGAUGUCCGCGGCAUCAUGGCUAGAUCUGUUUGUGCAAAGUCUGCUUUUGAACUAUGGGGCCACGGGCAAACACACAGUGAACUCAGAACAUCCCUCUUGAACUACCCAUCGGAGAACAUGUCACCAUUCAUGCACAAAGACUCAACUUACAGAAUCAAUGUCUACACUUUCAACAAGACUCUGGAGUUUGCAGACAGAAUCAAAAGGAUUGAUGCUAUGGAGUAUCUUCCGUUUGAAGGCGCAGUGAGCCUGAAGAGCCCUCAGCACAUCUUCUGUUUGUUGGAAGAUUACGGCACGGACCCCAACAACAUCCCUGAGCAUCCACACUACAUCUAUUUUGGCCGAUGGAUAGCAGAUGGACAGCGUGAACUGAUCCGCUCUCACAGUGUGAAGAACAGACACUUCAUAGGAAACACCAGUAUGGAUGCUGGGCUCUCAUUCAUUAUGGCCAACCACGCUAGGGUCAAAGAGAAUGACCUCGUCUUUGACCCGUUUGUUGGCACAGGGAGCCUGUUGGUAGCAUGUUCUCAGUUUAGAGCCUAUGUCUGUGGAACAGAUAUUGAUUACAACACUAUUCAUGGCAAAGGUAGGUCGAGCCGUAAAAACCAUAAGUGGCGAGGACCUGAUGAGAAUAUCCGAGCCAAUCUCCGGCAGUAUGGAACAGAGAAGAUGUAUUUAGAUGUAAUGGUGUCUGAUGCAUCCAAGCCUGUGUGGAGGGAGGCUGCUCUGUUUGAUGCCAUAAUUACUGAUCCUCCAUACGGUAUCCGUGAGUCCACAAGGAGAACAGGCUCCCACAAAGACAAUGCUAGACCCCCUGAUGGCAUCUAUGUAGAGUCACACGUCCCUGUCUCACAGGCGUACCACCUGAGUGACAUCUUCUCAGAUCUGCUAAACUUCUCUGCCCACCACCUGGUCAUGGGCGGGAGGCUCGUCUAUUGGCUGCCUGUCUAUAGACCAGAGUACUGUGAGGAGAUGGUGCCUCUUCAUCCAUGUCUCCGGCUCAUCAGUAACUGUGAGCAGACACUCUCCAGCCACACCUCACGACGCCUGAUCACCAUGGAGAAGAUCAAGGAGCCUGAGGAAUUAGACAGCCUGGCGCAUCUAGCAGACCUACGCAUCAGCCCCUACCAGGGACACAACGCCUUCAGAGAGAAGUAUUUCAGUGGACUGAAUAAGAGGUGUGGCAAGGAGGACAACAAAUCUGAUGUCAAUGGAGAGUGAACGAAUUGAUUGCCGAAGAUGAAGCUCAGAGGAAAUCUCUGAGUGUCUUUAGAGCAAACCCAGCACAAGAAUCAGGACAUAGUUGUCAGUGGACUCAAAGAGGGAAACAAACUGAUAACUUAUUUGUUAUAGUUAUAAUUUUUAAAAUCUUUCUCACUACCGUAUUUUAAUUAUGAUUAUUUUUAUGCCUAUGUACUUAUUGCUUUGCAAAUAAAUGGAUAAAAUCCAAGUGUC